CGGAGCGGAGCAGAGCGGAGGCGCGUCACAACACAAAACUACACUUUAGACCCCGCUGCACCUGACCGGACGCUGGUGCGGACAGAAAGGCAACAGGCACCGACUCCUGAGUCCCGCAUUUUCUUUUACACCUUGCAGUGAAAUGAGGGCAACAUGGGGGCCAAAGAGUCACGGAUAGGCUUCCUUUCCUAUGACGAGGCCGUCAAAAGAGUUACUGAUGUGGAGCUCAAGAGGCUGAAAGAUGCAUUUAAGAGGACCAGUGGCCUGUCUGCCUACAUGUCCCAACAGUGCUUCUACAAAGAGGUGUUGGGAGAUGGUGUUCCACCCAAAGUUGCGGAGGUUAUCUACAACUCAUUUGGAGGUACGGCAAAAGGGCUCCACUUCAACAAUCUUAUCAUUGGCCUGGUGCUGUUGACGAGAGGACGUGAUGAGGAAAAAGCCAAAUAUAUUUUCAGCCUGUUUGCCAGUGACUCGGGCAGCUACGUGGUGCGAGAGGAAGUAGAGAGCAGGCUCCGUGCUGUGGAUGGGGAAGUCCCACCCUCACUGAGGAAGUGCUUCUUAGAGGGUGAAAAGGUAAAUUAUGAGAAGUUCAAAAACUGGCUGCUACAAAACAAAGAGGCGUUCACCUUCUCCCGCUGGCUGCUCUCUGGAGGCGUGUGUGUCACUCUGACUGACGACAGCGACACACCCACCUUCUACCAGACACUGGCCGGUGUCACACACUUAGAAGAAUCGGACAUUAUCGAUUUGGAAAAGCGCUACUGGCUUCUGAAAGCUCAAUCAAGGACCGGACGCUUUGACUUAGAAACCUUUAUUCCUCUGGUGUCACCCCCUAUUCAUGCAUCACUAAGUGAAGGCUUGUUUCAUGCCUUUGAUGAGAAUCGGGACAAUCACAUUGAUUUUAAGGAAAUAUCAUGCGGGCUCUCUGCAUGCUGUCGAGGACCUGUCGCUGAGAGGCAGAAAUUUUGUUUCAAAGUGUUUGACGUAGAUCGGGAUGGGGUUCUGUCUCGAGAUGAGAUGCACAAGAUGGUGGUGGCCUUAUUGGAAGUGUGGAAGGACAAUCGCACUGAUACUCUCCCGGAACUGGAAUCCAAUGUUUCUGAUAUUGUCGAUGAAAUCCUAUCGAUACAUGACACUACAAAACAGGGACAUCUAACACUAGAAGACUAUCAGAUAUGGAGUGUGAAGAGCGCCCUGGCAAGCGAGUUCCUCAACUUGCUGUUUCAGGUUUGUCACAUAGUCCUGGGUCUCCGACCUGCUACGCCCAAAGAAGAAGGCCAGAUCAUCAGAGGAUGGCUGGAACGAGAGAGCAGACAUGGCCUGCAGCCAGGCCAGAACUGGUUCCUGAUCUCCAUGCAGUGGUGGAAAUUGUGGAAAGACUAUGUUAAAUAUGAUAAUAAUUCCAUUGUGUUGGAGCAGCCGGGUAUGCUGUGCAAUGGCAGGAGGACUCCUCAGUCCACACCAUCUGCUGAAUCAGCCCUGAGCAAGACAGUGGCCCGAUCUCUUAGCUCUCCGGGAGAAAAGUCCCCAAAAUGCAGUUGGGAGGUUUCAGAGAGCACCUCUAACAGUCAGCUGCCACAUGUGAGCUCAUCAGCCACAGACAUCUGCUUUUCUCGGCAGCACAUUUUGUUGGAUAACAAUAAUCAGUGUUUCUCUACCGCCAACGGCCACCUACCCAACCACCUGGCAGCACAGAGGCCCGGUGCCAUCGACAACCAGCCCUUAGUCACCACUGAACCUAUAAAGGCUCCCACGUUAACCAUGGAGGGAGGGCGUCUGAAGAGACCCAUGAACCUGAAGGCUGGCCAGGAUUUUGAGACCGUACCAGAGCCAGUAUGGCGGGCACUCUACCACUGGUAUGGUGCCAAUCUUAGCCUGCCCAGACCGGUGAUCAAGUCAAUCAUCACAGACCAACCAGAGCUGGAGCUUUUCCCCCAUUAUUUGCUCUUCCUACGACAGCAACCAGCCACACGCACCCCCCAGUCCAACAUCUGGGUUAACAUGGGUAUGAGCAGCCUGCGAAUGUUCCCUCCACACUUUCCCCGAGGUAACAUGCCAUCCCCUAAUGCCCCGCUGAAGCGUGUGCUGGCGUACACAGGUUGUUUCAGCAGGAUGAGCACUAUUAAGGACAUCCACGAGUACCUGUCACAGCGGUUGCGCAUCAAAGAAGAAGACAUGCGUCUCUGGCUCUACAACAGCGAAAAUUACCUCACUCUGCUUGAUGAUGAAGAUCACACUUUAGAGAGUUUGAAAAUAGAGGAUGAGCAGCAUUUAGUGAUUGAGGUUCGAAACAAAGACAUGAGCUGGCCAGAGGAAAUGUCCUUCAUCGCCAACAGCAGCAAAAUAGACAGACACAAAGUUCCUACAGAGAAAGGUGCUACAGGUUUGAGUAACCUGGGGAAUACAUGCUUUAUGAAUUCGAGUAUUCAGUGUGUGAGCAACACCAAACCUCUCACAGACUACUUCAUCUCAGGGAGACAUCUCUAUGAGCUGAACAGGACAAAUCCUAUAGGAAUGCGAGGCCAUAUGGCCAAAUGCUAUGGAGAUUUAGUACAGGAACUCUGGAGUGGAACACAAAAAAACGUUGCACCGCUAAAGCUCAGGUGGACGAUAGCAAAGUAUGCACCGAGAUUCAACGGAUUCCAGCAGCAGGACUCUCAAGAGCUGCUGGCGUUCUUGUUGGACGGCCUCCACGAGGACCUGAAUCGGGUCCAUGAGAAGCCCUAUGUGGAGCUGAAGGACAGCGAUGGACGGCCCGAUGCAGAAGUAGCCACCGAGGCCUGGGACAACCACUUAAGAAGAAAUCGUUCAAUUGUAGUGGACCUGUUCCAUGGCCAGCUUAAGUCCCAAGUUAAGUGCAAAACGUGCGGCCACAUUAGCGCCCGCUUUGACCCCUUUAACUUCCUGUCCCUGCCCCUUCCAAUGGACAGCUCCAUGCACUUAGAGAUAACAGUCAUCAAACUGGAUGGCUCCACCCCAGUGCGCUAUGGUCUCCGUUUGAACAUGGAUGAAAAAUAUACAGGACUGAAGAAGCAGCUGAGUGAAUUGUGCAGACUAAAAGCAGACCAGAUCCUCCUGGCUGAAGUCCAUUCCUCCAACAUCAAGAACUUUCCUCAAGACAACCAGAAAGUGCGUCUGUCUGUAAAUGGCUUCCUAUGUGCGUUUGAGAUUCCUGUGCCUGGUUCCCCCACAUCUAUCACUGCUUCAGCACCAGCAGGCAAUAUUCUUGUUAAUGGAAUCACUCGGAACGGUCAUGCUGAGAAACCUGGUCCCAUACCAAAUGGCACAGCUGGCACCCCUGUUCGAAGUGGAUCUGACAGGAGCCUGGCUAACGGCAUGCCGAGCACGGUGGUGCCCUCUGCUUCAGAAAAGAGUCUUGCUGAUGGCAUCUCCAACGGUCAUGCCACUCCAGUUCAGGACAGCCCAUUCAUUGGCUACAUCAUUGCCAUGCACAGAAAGAUGAUGCGGACAGAGUUAUACUUUCUUUCAUCUCAGAAGAACCGGCCUAGUUUGUUUGGCAUGCCUCUCAUUGUGCCCUGCACAGUGCACACCAGUAAGAAGGAUCUGUAUGAUGCUGUGUGGAUUCAGGUUUCUCGUUUAGCUAGCCCCCUGCCCCCUCAGGAGGCCAGCAACCAUGCACAAGACUGUGACGAUAGCCUGGGUUACCAGUACCCUUUCACCUUGCGGGCAGUGCAGAAGGAUGGCAAUUCUUGUGCCUGGUGCCCAUGGUACAGGUUCUGCAGAGGCUGUACAGUAGAGUGUAAUGAGGACCGGGCAUCCUUAGGAAAUGCUUACAUUGCUGUGGACUGGGACCCAACAGCCCUGCACCUUCGUUAUCAAACUUCCCAAGAGAGGAUAGUGGAAGAGGACACAAGCGUAGAACUAAGUCGUCGUGCCCAGGCUGAACCCAUCAGUCUGGACAGCUGUCUGAAGGCCUUCACCAGUGAAGAGGAGCUGGGUGAGGAUGAGCUCUACUAUUGCUCCAAGUGCAAAACCCAUCGACUGGCCACCAAGAAGUUGGAUCUCUGGAGGCUGCCUCCCAUACUGAUUGUUCAUCUGAAACGUUUCCAGUUUGUGAAUGGCCGCUGGAUUAAAUCUCAGAAAAUAGUGAAGUUCCCAUGCGAGAACUUCAAACCCAGUGCAUUUUUGGCUCCACGUGAAGCACAGAGCACAUGGAGCCUGCAGAGCCAGAGCGAGUGUCUGGUGGAGGAACUCCAGAAACUGGACAAUGGAGAUUCCACAGUGUCUUCCAUCUCCACCACUACUGUGGUCAGCCCUUCCAUAACUGGCAGAGUCACUCCGAGCUCAGUUAGGAGGGUAGGCAGCCCUCUGAGCAGAAGCAGCAGCCCCAAUAACAGCCCUAAGAACACAGGCCGGAAACAGGCACGUCUGCGUUUGCCUCAGCUCAGCAGCAGACACCGACUUUCUAACAACAAAGAUAAUCUGGAUAGCAGCAGCAGUUGCUGUAAGGAGAGUGGAUCAGAGCCAGAGCCCAGCAUGGUAACAGAGGCGGAGCCUCAGGUGGCAGGAGCUACUCCAGAGCUCAAUGCACAGGACUCUUCCUGGAAAUUGGUUCCUUCUAGUACUGACUGUGAUGUCAUCAUGGUGAAUGGACUGAACCAGGACAACGGCCAAAUCAAUGGGCUCUCAGACACCAGCACAGAGCUAGACAGCACUUCUCACAGAAGAGAUGAUGUCUGUCUGGAGCCAAUGUACAAUUUAUAUGCAAUCUCGUGCCAUUCAGGAAUCAUGGGAGGGGGCCACUAUGUGACCUAUGCUAAAAACCCCAAUGAUAAAUGGUACUGUUAUAACGACAGCAGCUGCAAGGAGGUUCACUCAGAAGAGAUUGACACAGAUUCAGCAUAUAUUCUCUUUUAUGAGCAGCAAGGAGUGGACUACUCUCAGUUUCUGCCUAUGACUGAUGGCAAAAAAAUGGCAGACACUACAAGCAUGGACGAAGACUUUGAGUCAGACUACAAAAAGUACUGUGUGCUUCAGUGAACCCAUGCUCUUCCACGUUAAAGGCACUUAAUGUAAUCGUCGGUUUUUCUUCCCCCAUGUGCAAUGCAGACAGUGUGGCCAAGUGAAGCUGCACGGUGACACAGUGACAGGAAUCACACCCUCUGCUGCAGCCCCCUGAUUCAGAAACAUUUACUGGUGAUUUUGCCAUCAAAUGGCUGAAAGAUUUUGUGAAAAAAUAAAUAAGGAUGUAAGAAUAUUGUACAUUGUGAAUAUUGCCAAUUGAACAGUAUGGGUCCUGGACAAAAAAAAAGAGGUUUCUUUGAAUUAAUGUGAUUAACAGGACUCGGUCCAAAUCUACAGCAUCUCAUACCUAUGGGAAAUGAUAUUUAUGUACCUUUCUGUGAGGGUUUCUUAAGAAGAAGGAGCACUCUCAUCUUCCAUAAACUUGUGUUUUGUAUUUUUAUAUUUAUAUGAUUGAAUCAGAAGCAGAGAUUUUUUUUUCCUCUAUUUUUUUAUUUUGCCCAAACAUUAAACCAGUCCCAACUUUAUCCAUCAUUUCUACUGGAGAGGUUUCUAUUGAGCUUCAGUUCUGUAAUGCAAAGUCUUAAAAGACUUCAUCUUUUUGUUCCUCAGCAGAUUUUCUACACUACAUACACUACCUCCCUUUUGUUUGCAGUUUAUUGGCUGAUGGUUAAUAGAAAGAUUGUAAUACAGUAUUACACUUUACAUGACUCUCAGAAAUGUGCUCGGAGCAUUUUUUUCAUAUGAGGAAAUUAAAUUUGGUUUAAAAAAAAUUAUAAAACCUGCCGAAACUGCAUUCCAGUUAGCAACACCCCAAAAUCAUUGAUAUUUCAAUUCAUAUUUUAAGCUUAUGUUUGUUUUCAUGUAUUGUGCCAGUGUCAUUCAAAAAGCCAGUAUAUCUCUUAGCUGAGUUUUAAAUUGAAGACGUUUUAUUUUUCUGAGAUAUUUAUUUUAAUACCAUGGAUCUGUUCACUUUAUCCAAACAUAGGUUUGUAUGUAGGCAGUCAACAGUCUGCUAGUUAUAAUGCUUUUCUACCACCAUGAGCAUUUCCUGACUCCACUGCAGGUUCUCGAUUGUUGUUUCUGCUGUCAUUUCUUCUUUUUCACUAACAUACAUCGUUUUUAGUGGAGUAAAUGGUAGCCAAAUUCAUGCACGUCCGAUAAGUGUACUCUCGUUACAGAGGUUCACGUUAUCAAGCCAAAGUCUUUAACAACUGGUAUGUUUUCGUAUAGAAAGCACACCAUUGUGGCUUCUCUGAAAGAACACCUCAACCUCACAACAACCCUGUGCUAUAAAAAGAGCGUCAUCCGUUUGACCUGCUUUAAAGUUUUGUGUCUUAAUGCCAGGAUGGUAGCAAUCUUUCAUUUAAACACUGUGAAUGAAUAUGAUGCAGUGAGUAAUUCCUUUUCCUCAUGUUCCUUAUUAACCGUUGGACAAAUAUCUCCUAAGGAAUUCGUCGGAUCCUUCAUCGGGAAAGAGCUAUAUGUUGUUCUGUACCAUUUUGCUGCUGUACUUUCUACUUUUUCCUUAUUAAGUAUAUUUAUGUACUCUUUGCCAGCAAGGAAGGUUUUCAAAUGAGAAAUUGUUCUUUACUUUGAAUGGUUCAAGCAAUGUUUGAACGCACCUCUGACACAGCUAUUGAUUUAAAAUAUUACAUUUGAUUAGAACUAUAAAUAAUUUCCCUCCAUUUCACACCUACGUUUACUUGGAACUGAGCGGCUUCCUCAUUUUAGUUGGACUGGAAUCUUCCUCUUAGCUCAUUAAUCUUUUGAGGCUGCAAAUACACACAUCACUUUUAAAGUUUUUUUUUUUUUUUUUUUUUUUUGAUACAGGGAUAAUUUAUUAA